AUGAGCUCUUCUAUAGAGGCUCUUCCUAAUGGGAAUGGCCAUGCUGGAAAUCAUGAUCACGUCCUUCGCCCUCGACCGCGCAAACCCCAACAUUCACAAGUUUCCGAUGUUGUUCGCAUGUCAACGACAAGUGAUGGUGAAGGACACCUCAUGCCCGACAACGUCAGCAUAGGAACAGCCAGUGGAUUGACUAGCGGUCGUUCUACACCCGUCCCAGAGAAUGCGCCACCAUCGGCCAAGUCACUAUCCACCGCUCGAAAACAAGCUCGCGCUGAGCAACGCCGCCGUAUAUUUCCUGCGACAGACUUUGCCUCACGUGUGAGCCACUUCGACCCCGAGAGCGAAUAUCGAGACUUCCACGGCUUCUUCAACUUGUUCUGGAUAGGUCUUGCUAUUAUGGGCAUUACCUCUAUGCUGCGCAACCUCAAAGACACAGGGUUUCCUCUAAGAGUGCAAAUAUGGGGUCUAUUUACGGUCAAGCUUUGGCAUCUUGCCAUUGCUGAUUUCCUCAUGGUUGCGACAACUGCUGUCAGUUUGCCUCUGAACCGCGCGGCAAGGAAUGCCAAAGCAGGAAGCUUCUUCGACUGGAAUCGAGGUGGAGUCGCCAUCCAGAGCAUCUACCAGGUUGUUUGGCUCUCUCUUUGGAUCGUUGUACCGUUUUACUUCGAGUGGACAUGGACUUCCCAAGUGUUCUUCCUCCUGCAUACUAUGGUGCUUCUGAUGAAGAUGCACUCGUAUGCUUUCUACAACGGCCACUUGUCGCAUACGGAGAAGCGACUGCACGCUCUCGAUAACCCCUUUUCUCCUCACGACCGACGACCGGCCUACCAAUACCCCAGCACCGAUUUCCCUGGUAGUGUUACAACUGGAGACUCUACCAGCGCCAGCGCAAAGAAGCGUCGCCGACAGCGCCAGAAGAAGCAAGAGGCCAAGCAGAAUAUUGCCAAUGGCAACAAGAGUCAUGAUGAGGGAGAGCAUGUCAACAACGACCUUCUAGCUCCUAGCCCUGUUGGUAGCGCCAACAACAGCGCUGAUGAAGUUGAUGAGCUACGAGAGGACCUUGCCCGUGAGCUUACGAGUCCCAUUGGCAAUGUUACCUACCCGAACAACUUGACCUGGUCGAACUACACGGAUUAUAUCUUUUGCCCAACGCUAUGUUACGAAAUCGAAUACCCCCGAACUUCGCAUAUCAACUGGACUUCCCUAAUUGCAAAGAUCGUCGCCACCUUUGGCUGCAUUUUUCUUUUAACCAUCAUUUCCGAAGACUUCAUCCUCCCCGUCCUUUUGGACGCCUCGGAGCGUCUCGAUGCCGUCCCCGCUGUGUCGUCCGUAUCUGAGAAGCUACUUAUCUUAGCCGAGACCAUCUCAUGGCUACUUUUCCCUUUCAUGCUCACGUUUCUCCUUGUAUUCCUCGUCAUCUUUGAAUACGUCCUCGGUGCAUUCGCCGAAAUCACUCGUUUCGCUGAUCGACAUUUCUACUCUGACUGGUGGAACUCAACCGACUGGAUGGAGUUCUCCCGUGAAUGGAACAUCCCCGUAUACAGCUUCCUUCGGCGCCAUGUUUAUAGCGCUUCUCGAGCUCGCAUCGGUAGAGGUGCUGCCACUGCGCUUACGUUCCUCAUCUCUGCUUUCGGUCAUGAGAUCGUCAUGGCCUGUAUCACCAAGAAGCUCCGCGGAUACGGCUUCGUCUGCCAGAUGCUUCAGCUACCCAUCGUUAUGCUCCAACGUACACGAUGGGUCCGUGGCAAGGAGACCCUGAACAAUGUCUGUUUCUGGGCUUCGAUGGUCCUUGGUCUCAGCAUGAUUUGUGCUCUCUACGUUCUUGUGUAG